CAAGACGACAGACCACGUGGUUUCUAGCGCCAGCACGCAUGGCAGGGCUGCAUAGGCGACGUGCUUGCACGGAAGAAGCGACGCUUUCAUUUCCAUGUCAUAUCCAUGCAAGCAAACAUGAGCAAGGAGCAAGUUAAGUAAGCUUUCACCCUGCCUCUGCAUGAACCAACGUACGCCGACUUGCAGUUUUGGUGGAAAAGGCUCCUCGACACACUGACUCAUUCGACGCCCCUUGUUUACAUUAGCCAUCCAAGAUACACUUAUCGCAUGCUUCGUUGCCGGGGCCAAGAGCUUCACAGCGAACUGAUAUGGUCGACCGGCAGUCAUCCUUGGAAGGAGGGAUUGACAAAAGCUUGAAGACGGUCCGAACAAUGGAGGCGCCCGGGGAUUGCCAAGACGUAACGCACACAGCCGCCGAAACCGUCAGCGGUAAGUCGUCUCGAAGAGUCUCCCAUUACAUCGACGACCGCAUCCGUCAUAUCCGCGGCGUCCUCGCCCGUAGCGGCAUUAACUUCGACCGGGCCUGCACCUUCGAUGCCAAUGGCGACUGUUGGCUGUCCGCAAAGUUGACUCCGUGGAACAAGCUAAUCGCACCGCUGGGCCUAGAGCUCAGCGAGUUGGAACCGUCGAAGCUCUACCUUCGCUCCAUCAACGUCGAUGGUCGGAUCCAGCCUGAGGUGAAAGCGGUGCACGAAAGCGCGUACAUCUUUACGUGGCUGCCCAAGCAGCACGCGUGCGUGCAAGCCAUACAUCUGAACGAGAACGUCCUCUACCAAAAGCCGGCGUACGCGCUGAAGCUCGCGCUUGGCGAGAGCGCCCGCUUGCGUCACCUCAGGCUGAAAGGCGGCUACUCGACACCUUUCAGCGAACGCGACCUGUCCGAGGGCAUGAGGCCGUUGGCGGGCCUCGAGAGCUUCGAAUUCCUCAAGCUGGACGUCGCUUCCCACAAGCUUGCCAGGGACAUCGCGGCCCUUCUGCGCAGAAACGCGGACCACCUUGCCAAGGUAGCGUUCGAGCGCAACGCACUCUCGCAACGUAGCACUGCCACCCUUCUCGCCGCGCUCGCCAAGUGCGAGGCCCUCGCCAAACUUUCGUUCGACCACAACCACCUGAACAAGGCCAACAUCGCAGCGAUGGCCGCAGUAAUCCGCUCCUGCAACCAGCUGAAGGAGCUGUCCCUUCGCUACAGCUUUGGGGAGGAAGGACACAUCGGUCCCAUCGCGGAGGCGCUGCAGUUCAACGUGUCGCUCGUGGAACUGAAGUUGCACGCGUGUGAGGCGCCUUUGGCACCGCUCUUCAAAGCCCUGGAGACGAACGCGACUAUAAGGCUAUUGGACCUGGACUCUUCCACGUUGUCCUCCACCGCUACGGCGUGCCUUGCCGAAGCUCUGCGCCACAACAAGGGACUCCGGUCGGUCGCGCUGCAGCACUGCAGUGUGGUUGACUCUGGCGCCGUAGUGCUUGCCAGCGUAAUGGCGCAAAAUGUUACGCUCGAAACACUGGACCUGUCUUACAAUUACGUUGGCUUACGAGGCAUCACGGCUUUCUGCCAGGCUCUGGGGAAGAAUGACGUUCUAAGAAAAGUCUCCUUCGGAUCCUUCGAGGCUUCAGAUCAGCAAAGGAGGGACUUGGCUCAUCUGCUGAACCAGUGCCAGUGCUAUGGCCGCAUCGCACUGCCAUGGAUUGACGUUGACCUGACACCCCUGACGAUGGCAUUGAUACUGGAUUCUCAGUCUCCCUCGGAACUCGACCUUGAUGAAACUAACGAGCUCUCCUGCUCACUUUUUUGCGCACUUUUUGACGCUCUUGCCACCAACACUGCGGUCAGGGUCUUAAAGGUAGAGGCACGGCACUACGAACCCCUCAAGGCAGAAGCACUGCGCAAAGUGUUGAUCUCCACUGAGUCUAUCAAGAGCCUGGAGUUGCAGAUGGGCAUCAAUUCGUUCGAAGGGUCCCUCCUUGUCGAUGUAUCCAAAGCCCUACAGGUCAACACAACUGUGACUGAGCUGAUCAUAUACACGCGGGAAGUGGGCCUUCGCUCUUCUAAGGAAUUUGCCAAAAUGCUGUCGCACAACAGAACGUUGACGAGGAUAGUGCUUCACUGUCAGUACCUCGAAACAAAGCGACUGGAGAUGCUGUCUCGGGGAAUGAUAGAAAACAGGGUUGUCACAUCAUUCACGUUCAACCACCCCUUGCGGAGAAAUCAUUCCACAUUCCGUCUUCACGAGGCUCUCAGGCGAAACAUCACCUUGCUCAACAUGGCAGUCAAGUUUGUGAUGCAGAGCAAUCUGACAAAGCACUGUGCCCAAGCAUUUGAGACGUUGCGCGGAACUUCUUUGUUGGUGUCGCAGGUCUCCAAGGUAUGUGGGAAGCCCGAAAAGGAUGCCGUGGCAGACAUUGAUGCAGCAGACAAAUACAUACGUUCGCAUUAUCUCUAUGUGACUGGAGUCGUCAGGUUUUCUGUGAAGUGCUACCCCAGCACACAGACGCAGGUGGAUGCGUUGAAUGAUUACUGCUGGCUAGCAAUUGCAGAGUUCCUCAAGGUUUCUGAUGUGCUUGAUGAAUAAUGAUCUGUUGGUGCUAUUCAUCGUCCUUGGUCUGUUUAUGCUACUUUGUAUUUAUGUGCGCUAUUACUUAUGUAAACGUUGCCCAGCGAUGGUGAACGUGCUCACUGGAAAAACCUUGUGUAACUGGCUUUUCAUUACGUUGUAUAGAGUGCCAGUUCCUCGAAUGUUCUUGUGUUUGAGGAACAAGAAUAUUGUGAUACUAUUAAGUCUCGUUAAACAGUGUUGAAAAACUUUUAAUACUUUUUUUUAGCCUGUUACGUUUUAUUAAGAUGAAAACGUACCUGGAAAGUACUUGUGACAAAACUUGUUGCUGUAAUUUAUUGUUCAGAACGGGCAAUUUAUCAUUGUAUUCCCCUGCCUGCAUGUGUCUGUGCGAUUACAUUUGGCUAUAAAAAGUUUUGCCACGUGUUGGCAGUGAUGAGAUUCUAUUGUGGCUUAAUGUCAAGCACUGGGUUCAAUUCAGUGUUGCAAUAACCCCAUUUCACUGGUGAUAUGGUACAAAAAAAUAUUCUUGCGCACAAGCUUAGCUGCACCUCGGGGAGUGCCCUCUGGUCUACACUAAUCGAGAGUCCUGUAGAAGGAUGCAUCUUGGAGCUUAACUGGCUUAACCGCCAUUUUGGGACGAUAAACAUCAGUUAGAAGUACUCGGGGCAACCCGGUCAAGACUGAGUGGUGGCUUUGUUCACUUGCUGUAUUGUUGGAAUGUACUUCUGAAAUGUACUAUCGCGCUUCACGAGUUGCUAUGCGGGUAUACAUCCGUCAGUUCUUUCAAUAAAAAUGGAUGAGUGCCAUUCUUGUAAA